UCGAGGACGCGUGAGGUAACUUGCUCGGGGGAACCAGCACCAUGGCGUCGGGUUGCAAGAUCGGCCCCUCCAUUCUCAACAGCGACCUGGCCAAUUUGGGGGCCGAGUGUCUCCGGAUGCUAGACUCUGGGGCCGAUUACCUGCACCUGGAUGCACCCUGCUCUUCAGGGAGGCAUUUUGUUCCCAACAUCACCUUUGGUCACCCUGUGGUAGAAAGCCUCCGAAAGCAGCUAGGCCAGGACCCUUUCUUUGACAUGCACAUGAUGGUGUCCAGGCCGGAGCAGUGGGUAAAGCCAAUGGCCAUAGCAGGAGCCAAUCAAUACACCUUUCACCUUGAGGCUACUGAGAACCCAGGGGCUUUGAUUAAAGACAUCCGGGAGAAUGGGAUGAAGGUUGGCCUUGCCAUCAAACCAGGAACUACAGUUGAAUACUUGGCACCGUGGGCUAAUCAAAUAGAUAUGGCCUUGGUUAUGACAGUGGAACCCGGGUUUGGAGGGCAGAAAUUCAUGGAAGAUAUGAUGCCAAAGGUCCACUGGCUGAGGACCCAGUUCCCAUCUUUGGAUAUAGAAGUGGACGGUGGAGUGGGUCCUGACACGGUGCAUAAAUGUGCAGAGGCAGGUGCUAAUAUGAUUGUGUCUGGCAGUGCCAUUAUGAGGAGUGAAGACCCCAGAUCCGUGAUCAACUUAUUAAGAAAUGUUUGUUCAGAAGCAGCUCAGAAACGUUCUCUUGAUCGAUGAAACCACAAGAAACCCAGUGUUUGCCCAUGGAACCAUUUGACUGCAAAACAGGAAUAUUGACUACCAAAUCACAUUGCAUUUGAGUGCUGCUUUUCUAACAGUUCUUCAUUUCCAGUGAUUCAAAUUGAUUGUGCAGAACAUUAAGAGGUUAGAAAUUGGUCUGUGUAAACACAUUGUUAAUGAUGCAAUUUAAAAAUUAAUGUAAUGAAUCCUGUUUUUACUGGAAGAACUAAUUUUUGUAAAUGUGAAAAUACGGCUAAAUUGAGGUUGUGAAUACAAAUGUGUUUUAAUGCCUACGGAAGGCGUAGUAUCUACUACAAAAGAUGUCUUUUCUAUAAUUUUAGAAACAGUGUUCAUUCUGUUGUUUCUCAACCAUUUUCCAAAAGCAAAGGAAAGCCUUAUCUAAGUGUUUUAGUUUCAUUUUUCAUUCUUUUUAGUUAAUUUCAGUUGUGAUUUGUUUAUACGCUUGCUAAGGAAAACUAUAAAGAUACGUAAUUUGGAUGGGAGGACAUACAGAGGCUAACAUCUAAAAUGUUUAUUUUUCCACUUUUAGUCUUACAAUUGAUGCUUUAACAACUGGGAAACCAGUGUAAGUGCAUGCACAGAAUUUUAUCAAAGUGACGAGUUUUCUUUGUCAAAUCAGGUGAUACAGUAAUUCCUCCCUGCUCCUGAUUUUCCUCCUCUUACCACAUUCUUAAAGAUGGGAAAGAAAGCCUCUGUUUAGAAUUUAUAUUGACCCUGCCCAUAUGUGGCUGUUUGGCCUUACCAAAUCACCCAACCCUUUUACACUUACUGACUCAUUUAUGUGUUAAUAGAACUACAGUAACAUGCAGAGUUGAGCUGAGGAUUAAGAAAUUACUGGGUAUGUGGGAAGUUUCCAGUUCCUAGAAUUGAGAGUAUAAUUAACACAAAGUGGCUGGCAUUAUGUAAUUUUACGUUUUAUGAGUCUUAAAGUACCUUAGUAUAGCCUCAUUAAACCUGUAAAUUAUUCCUAUAAGUGGUAAGACUGGUAUUUUCAUUGCAUUUAAAAAACGAAGAAGGUAAAGCUAAGAUUUCAUCCAAUAAGGUAUAUAAUUUCAGAUAUCUAUUUUUUUUAAAAAAAAACAAAAACAAAAGACAGAGCCCUGAAUAGGUAGCAUAGAAAGCAAGAAACUACUUUUACUUAAUAUUGUCUUAUUUUCGGCCUAACAUUACUCUUAGUGAACCAGAUGGCCAAGAAUAUUCUGCAACUUGGAUCUUGACACCCCCCCCCCCCCAGGAAUACAUAUUUUAUUCCAAGAAAGACCAGGUAGGCAAAGAAUGCCAAGAUAGAGCUAGUCCAUAAAUUAUUUAUUACUGUUCUCAGUUAUGCAAAGACUGUUGAGUAUUAGCUACUUCAUUUUUCUGAAUAUUCUUGCCAUAUAAUAAAUAUUGCAAGAAAUUUAGAGAUCCAUAUCAUUUCUUAUAUUAAUUUCAGGGUCAAUAUCACCACUUUUCAUCAAACUACUAUGGAUGUUGAGAACUGAGGUUAAAAAGUAAUAAUGCUAAAAGUUAUAAUGAAAUAGUACUUAAGUUUCUUCUUAUCCUACAAGGUAAAAAAAAAUUCCCUAAUAUCUGUUUUUGUCUUGGAUUAAGGAAGCAUUUGUGCAUGAAUUGGUAGCAUAUAAUCAAAUCACACAACACGAGGCAUAUAGAAAUAACUUUAAUUAAAAAACAUACAUAGAAGAUUAUAAUAUCAGACAUGACAAAGAUUUGAAUUUAUUUGCCAGGAAAACUUGAGUUUGUCUGGCUUUUGUUUUCUUU